AUGAUGAUCACCGACAUCCAAUGCUACUCCUUCCUCUUCGUCGUGUCUCUCAUCUCAACCCUCCUAAUCCGAUCCAUCUUCUUCAACAAACCCACCGGUCUUCACUUGAUGCCCAGCCCACCGGCCCUCCCGAUCAUCGGCCACCUCCAGUACCUCUUCCUCACACCAUCCUUGUACAACUCCUUGCACCGCCUCUCCACCAAAUAUGGCCCUCUACUCUAUCUCCGCCUUGGUGCGACACGGUGUAUAGUCGUUUCCUCAGCCACCGUAGCUGCAGAAAUCUUCAAUACCCAUGAUCUCGCCUUUGCUUCUCGGCCUAUAUUCGCCUUUUCUGAUAAGCUACCGUUUGAAACUUCACGGUUCUUCACUGCCCCGUAUGGUGACUACUGGAGGUUCAUGAAGAAACUGUCCGUGACUCAACUGCUUAGCACUCGACAGGUUGAGCGGUCAGUGGCUGUUCGACGUGAAGAAAUGGAGAGGUUGUUGAGGAGAGUGUUGGAGAGGAAAGAUGGUGUCGUUGAUGUUGGUGCUGAGUUGAUGAGACUUACGAACAACGUGACAUGCAGGAUGGUGAUGAGCAGUAUGUGUUCAGAGGAAGGAGGAGAGGCAGAGAGGGUUAGAGAGUUGGUGAAGGAGUCCUUUGAGCUGGUCGAAAAGAUAUGCUUUGGGGAUGUGUUGGGGCCUUUGAAGAAUCUCAGUUUUUGGAUCUACGGGAAACAGGCUAUGGAUUUGAGCAGAAGGUAUGAUGAGCUUUUGGAGAGGGCCAUGAAGGAGCAUGAAGAGAGAGGGAACGGCCACAGGGAUGAUCGGGGUAAGGAUUUGAUUGAUAUACUCUUGGAGGUUUCCCAAGAUGAGCAGGCUGAGGUUAGGAUUACAAGGACCCAUAUCAAGGUUUUCAUUAUGGAUCUUUUCAUUGCGGGCACCGAAACCUCAGCAGACGCAAUGCAAUGGGCAAUAGCUGAGCUAAUUAAUCAUCCUUGUGUGUUCAAGAAGGUCAGAGAGGAAAUAGAAUCUGUUGUGGGAAAAACUAGACUUGUUGAAGAAUCAGAUAUCCCAAAUCUCCCUUACUUGCAAGCGGUUGUGAAGGAAGCACUAAGACUAUACCCACCAGGCCCUCUGAUAAUUCGAGAAUGCCGCCAAAACUGCAAAAUCAAUGGGUUUGAUAUACCCGAAAAAACUCAAGUGGCAAUCAAUCUUUAUGCCAUCAUGAGGGAUAAAGAUUCAUGGGAUAAUCCAAAUAAGUUCCUCCCAGAGAGGUUCUUGGUUUCGUUCAAGAAUCAAAGUGAUCAAGUGAACAGUGGACAAAAGUUCAAUUUUGUUCCAUUUGGGGCGGGGAGGAGAGGGUGCCCAGGAACAACACUGGCAUUCAGCUUGAUGAAUGCUACGGUUGCAUCUUUGGUUCAAUGCUUUGAUUGGAAGGUUGAUGGAGAUGGAGAAGAUGGAGGAAAGGUUGAUAUGCAAUUUGGACCAGGCCUGUGCUUGAGCAUGCUUCACCCACUCACAGCUCGUCCUGUUGUUCACUUCAACCCAUUUGCUGCUUCAAUGUAA